CCAUAUUGACAUUGCCCCUAGUCCCCUAGGUCUGUCGGGCGUUAGAUGACUCGCAAGACCAAGAUGUCUACCGUAGCCUACCUCCCCACCUUGGUCGCCUUGGUGUAAUACUACGAGUAAUAAGCCUGUAACCUAACCAACUGCACAGAGAGGUAAACAACGCUAGGGCCGAAUAAAUAUACAUUAUGUGAAUGAAUGGGUGGGGGAGCGGAAUCUUGACUGCGCAGCCAAGCAAGCACAACGUCAAUUGGCUCUGCGGUGGGCGGAAACAAAAGCGCUCGUUCCUCUACACAUACGCCCACCAGUCACGGUUGACUAUUCAACAACCAGGAACGCCAUGGCCCACCACCGCCAUCAUCGCAGCCCACUUCGUUACUCGUCUCGCGGCCUGUAGGCUGUCGCCCCUCGUCCUAUCUCUAGCCAACCAAGCACAUCGAUUUAGGACUAAUUGUCAGGUAACAACAAUCCGCUUCACUUGCACACUUUAUGUAUUGCUGCCGCAACAAGCUACGUAUAUCCAACUAUCGAAGAAACCAAGCUUGUCCGUAAAGAGGACUCUUUACGGGUUGUUGUUGAUGUUGUUCACCGAAGUGCUGAGGGUCCACGACUCCACAUGUCGGAAAAUGAACAUGUGCCUUCUUACCCUUUCUCAGAUCCGUUAUGGCCUACUGUGUACGAGCCGUUGCUUUCUGCGUAGCCCGAUGCCCAUAGCUCAGGACCGACGUGAACUGGCACUCUGGUUAAGCUCAUGUAGCUGUUCGAAAAGGAAUGUGGACGGCGAUCAAACGCUUGACCAUUGCUUGAAGGCGCCGCACUACGCUCAGAGCUUCCCUCUCAGGGCCAGGGCGGCGCUCAGGGACUUGCUCUCACAGGAGCUUGGAUAGGCGCAGAGUGCGCCUAUGCUGAACAGCAUCCGGAUCAUCCAGGGCUCAGGGGAGAGGCUAAUUUCAAUUUGGGCUGC